AUUCUCUCUCCAACGUUCGUCCGGAGCGGUGUAGUAGAUCCUCUUUCGUUCGUCUCUUAACUUUGCGAUUUUAACUCGUACCUACCGAGAUGGCCCGUACUAAGCAGACCGCUCGUAAAUCCACCGGUGGCAAAGCCCCGAGGAAGCAGCUCGCCACCAAGGCUGCGCGUAAGAGCGCACCGGCCACCGGCGGUGUCAAGAAGCCCCAUCGCUACAGGCCCGGAACCGUCGCUCUUCGUGAGAUCCGUCGUUACCAGAAGAGUACCGAGCUGUUGAUCCGCAAGCUCCCGUUCCAGCGUCUCGUCCGUGAGAUCGCUCAGGACUUCAAGACCGAUCUCCGUUUCCAGAGCUCCGCCGUGAUGGCACUGCAGGAGGCCAGCGAAGCUUACCUGGUCGGUCUGUUCGAAGACACCAACCUGUGCGCCAUAAUCAACAUGACCGGUCGCGGUAAAGGAGGAAAGGGUCUGGGAAAAGGAGGAGCCAAGCGUCACAGGAAGGUACUUCGUGAUAACAUCCAGGGUAUCACGAAGCCCGCCAUCCGUCGUCUCGCUCGCAGAGGUGGAGUGAAGCGUAUCUCCGGUUUGAUCUACGAAGAGACCAGAGGCGUGCUGAAAGUGUUCCUCGAGAACGUGAUCCGUGACGCCGUCACCUACACCGAGCACGCCAAGAGGAAGACCGUCACCGCCAUGGACGUUGUAUACGCCCUGAAGCGUCAAGGCCGCACCCUGUACGGUUUCGGCGGUUAAGCAGCACAGCGCUCCUCCGGACGCCGGCGGCGGCGAGCGCCGCCACCUCGCGGACUAUCGCGGGUGGCGGCGGCCCACUCGUCGCGUGCGUGCGUUCGCGCGCUACGCAUACAAAAAAAAGGCCCUUUUCAGGGCCGCA